AUUGUUGUUGUGACUGCCGGCCGGAGAGGAGCAGUAGUGCUGCUAGAGAGCUGCUGAGUGGAGGACGCAGUCUGACACACUCCGUGCUGUACAAGAGAAACGAUCCGAGGAAGCUGAGCUCCAUAGUUUUACGGCAGAUUUCACCAGGAUACACUCACAGAGGAGAGGAGAACUUUUAGAAGCGCUGCGUAAAGACGCACGGAAGAGUUAUCCAAGAGUCAAUACGAGACGGGGCUCCAAACUCCGGGGCACGUUUUUCUAGCCCGUCUUGAUCUCUUUCUCUCGCCACUUUGGAUCUUUUGCAAAUAUUCAUAUAAGGAUAAAUUACUUAUUUCGCGUGAAAUCAACGACUCUGCGUUUUUUUCUCUCCAUGGAUUUAGCUCUCUGAUCGGCCCGCUGCAGUGGACUUUGCCCAGCGGGAUCACACAGCUCUGUUCGCCGGUCACCAGGAGAGAGAGAGCCCGGCAGCUGUCGUGCAUGUUCCGGGAGGCUGUAUUAAUGGAUUAAUGAGCUUCAUUCUCUCCCGGAUAGAGCUGAUUUCAGACACUUUGGCACACAGAGGAAACACUAAAGCUCCAAAUGACGGGUUCAAUAUUCGCGCGUACUGGCUGGAAUAAGGAGUGAUUCCCCCCCUCAUCUCUGCGAGGACAGGCCGGGAGGAAAGGAUCCAGAUUUAGAGACUUUGUGGGUUUCUGGAGUUUCCAAUGCCAGGGGCCGGAGUGUGAGGCCAACCCCAGGCUUCAGAGAUCUAUUUUUAUACCUUUUAACCACAACACCACGUCAAAAAGAUGGUGAGGAUCUGCACGUUCUGCGUUCUCUUGCUGAGUUUGAUGGACAGAGCCUCAUCCAGGGCCGUCGAGGAGGGACGGACUAAAGAUCUUCGUGUCUCCAGGCCUCUGAUAGCCCCGGGUUACCCUGAAAACACGACCGCAGUGAUGGGUGGUCAGGCCAAGCUGGUGUGUAAAAUCCACCGACCGGCCUCCACAAAGGUUCAGUGGCUGAAGACCGAGGCCAGCACAUCAGGCCGAAGCCAAGGAGGACAGCCUCGCCUCAGAGCUCUGACGGCCUUGCAGAGCAACGCCUCAAAGCUGAACACUCUGCAUCUGUCCAACAUCUCUCUGGAAGAUGCAGGAGAGUACAUCUGUAUGGCUGAGAGCGUGCACGCAGGGCAGACGCUUCAGGCCAUGCAGUCUGCGUGGAUGGAGGUCCUGCCAGGUACCAUCAUAUCCAGAACUGUGGACAUGUCUGCUGCUGAAAUCCCCCCAGAUGUCCUUGAGGACCUGAAUGAAGACACCUCAGAACAUCUCCUCUUAGAGCCAGGAAACGUUUUGAAGCUCCGCUGUGACAUGAGCACCCGGCCCGGCAUGGCGGUGAACUGGUACAAAGAAGGAGGCCGGGUUGUGCCCACACCACGAAUCCAGAUCCGCGGCGCCAUCAUGGAGAUCACAGACGUCAUGUACGAGGACUCAGGGGUUUAUAUCUGUGUUCUGCGGGGAUCCAAAGAGCCUGUGAGGAACUUCACCAUCACUGUGACGGACUCACUGGGGUCCGGUGAUGAUGAUGAGGAUAACGGGUUGGAAGACUCAUCAGCUGAGAUUGAAAACGACCAGGUCUACAUCUCCAGAGGUCCGUACUGGACUCACACCCAGCGCAUGGAGAAGAAGCUGUACGCCGUCCCUGCUGGUAACACGGUGAAGUUUCGCUGCCCAGCCAUGGGAAGCCCAAUGCCGAGCAUUCGCUGGCUCAAAAACGGACGUGAGUUCAGAGGAGAGCAUCGCAUCGGGGGCAUCAAGCUGAGGCACCAGCACUGGAGCCUUGUGAUGGAGAGCGUGGUUCCUUCAGACAGAGGAAACUACACCUGCAUGGUGGAGAACAGAUACGGCUCCAUUGCUCACAGCUACGUCCUGGAUGUCCUCGAGCGCUCUCCACACAGGCCCAUCCUGCAGGCCGGCCUGCCUGCCAACAAAACAGCAGUGGUGGGAAGUGACGUCCAGUUCCACUGUAAGGUCUACAGUGACGCCCAGCCUCACAUCCAGUGGCUCAAACACAUCGAGAGGAACGGGAGCCGCUACGGACAUGACGGGACGCCCUACGUUCAGGUCCUUAAGACCGGCAGUCUGAACAUGUCAGAUGUGGAGGUGCUCUACCUGUCCAAAGUGACCAUGGAGGAUGCUGGAGAGUACACCUGUCUGGCUGGAAACUCAAUCGGAUUCGCCCACCAGUCUGCUUGGCUCACUGUUAUCUCAGAAGAAGAAGCAGCAGACGCCAUAGAGACCAUGGAGACCAAGUACACCGACAUCAUCAUCUAUGCCUGUGGCUUCCUGGCUCUGAUCAUGGCCAUCAUCAUUGUGGUGUUGUGCCGAAUGCAGGUCCACCCCAGAAGGGAGCCGUUCGAUGCUCUACCUGUUCAGAAGCUCUCUAAGUUCCCUCUCCGCAGACAGUACUCUGUGGAGUCCAACUCAUCAGGGAAGUCCAGUGCGUCGCUCAUGAGGGUGGCUCGCCUCUCCUCCAGCUGUUCACCUAUGUUGGCAGGAGUCAUGGAGAUUGAAUUACCCUAUGACCCAGAUUGGGAGUUUCCCAGGGAGAAUCUAACGUUGGGUAAACCUCUAGGAGAAGGCUGCUUUGGUCAGGUGGUCAGAGCUGAGGCUUACGGCAUCAACAAGGACUCUUCAGAUCAGCCAACCACCGUGGCGGUGAAGAUGCUCAAAGAUGAUGCUACAGACAAAGACCUGGCAGACCUUAUCUCAGAGAUGGAGCUGAUGAAGGUUAUGGACAAACACAAGAACAUCAUCAACCUGCUCGGGGUCUGCACACAGGAUGGCCCUCUGUAUGUGCUGGUGGAGUACGCCUCAAAAGGCAGUCUGAGGGAGUACCUGCGGGCCCGAAGACCCCCAGGCAUGGACUACACCUUUGAUGUGACCAAGGUGCCUGAAGAGCAGCUCACCUUCAAAGACCUGCUGUCCUGUGCCUACCAGGUUGCCAGAGGGAUGGAGUACCUGGCCUCUAAAAGGUGCAUCCACAGAGACCUGGCAGCCAGAAAUGUUCUGGUGACAGACGACAACGUGAUGAAGAUCGCUGACUUCGGCCUGGCCAGAGGAGUCCACCAGAUCGACUACUACAAGAAAACCACCAACGGACGGCUGCCGGUGAAGUGGAUGGCACCAGAGGCUUUGUUCGACAGAGUCUACACACACCAGAGUGACGUGUGGUCGUUUGGGGUUCUUAUGUGGGAGAUCUUCACACUGGGCGGCUCACCGUACCCUGGGAUCCCUGUGGAGGAGCUCUUCAAGCUGCUGAAGGAGGGACACCGCAUGGACAAACCCUCCAACUGCACACAUGAACUCUACAUGAUGAUGCGAGAGUGCUGGCAUGCUGUGCCCACCCAGAGACCGACCUUCAAACAGCUGGUGGAGGAGCUGGACCGAGUGCUGCUGUCUAUCUCUGACGAGUACCUGGACCUCUCAACGCCCUUUGAGCAGUACUCUCCGUCGUGUGAGGACACGUCGAGCUCCUGCUCCUCUGACAACGACUCUGUUUUUACCCACGAUGCCUUGUCCACUGACCCCUGCCUCCUGGGCUACCAGGACGUACGCUCGAGGAUAGACGUGAAGACGGCGCUCCGAUAGAUGGACAACUGAAGGCACACUCACAUAAACACAAAUCAACACAGUAUGAACAUGAAACACGACUUUGGGCUCAUUGUAACACACGGCGGCGGCCAUAUUGGAGGUCGCUGGCUGCAGAGGGUGGUUACAUGUUUUGGCUUCAUCACGGCCCCAGAAAAAGCCCUUAGAUUCUGGGACAAACAGAGAAACAUGCACGAGGAGCACUGAGGCUGUGGGCUUCAUCACACAGUGGAGGUUUGAAGAAGAAGAGGACGUAUAAGUCAGCUCUGGCACCGUGCCCAUGAACAGCUGUAACGUUGAAACCUGUGGCACUAGAAGAAACCCGGGAACUCGAACGCCUCACCAGCUCUCUUUGAUCGACUCUCCUCCAGAGAGCUAAUGGACAAUGAUCUCUACUCAAACCAGGGCGUGAAACCUCGCUGGUAAAGACAUUUUAACAAGAAAAAUAAGAUUUAUUUUGCUAUGAUAAAAAGAAGAAGUGAUUGUUAAAUAUAAAUCUCUUUAUAUAAGAUUAUUUUACUUUUGUGAUGCUUAUUUAAAAAGAAAACGGUCUUAAAUCUCAGGAUCUCUUGUGCUAAGAAGUUGCUGUAGUGGCAGCGAAGUGCCUGAAUUUACGAUUUCCUGUGAAUAUAUUAGAAUAUCUAAAUAUUGUAUGUACAUAUCAACAACAUAAAGACGAUUGCCUUUUAUAAAUUAUUCUGAAUGACACAAAAAUGAAGGUUAUUGGAGGUGAAAGGAGAGAGGAAUUCAAUCAAGUGUUUCAAGUGCCAAACCUGUCAUGACUGUCUUUCAUGUUUCAUCCCAGAAUACCAACAGAUUCAUUCAUGUGCUGAAUCCCAGUUUACCAUUUGAUGCUGUCAAACAUGAGUUUACAUCAGAAACAUUUCUAACAGCACAUAUUUGAGUUUGGGUCAAGCUAUAGAGGGAAACUUUUAUUUUCCAUUCACUCCAAAAACCUCAGAUGUAUGUGGUCACACAUGGACCGGGCUUCACCUUUACACUUUCACAUUUUGGAAUGAAACUCUAUUUGCCAUGUUUAAGUAAAUUGCCUCCACCUCCGGCCUGAGAAAACAACCUGUGGUCAAAUAUCAGAAGGAGCAAACCAAGUUCUAGUUGCUGUCGUUAAAUGAAAACCACCAGAACAUUUGAAAUCUUACAUCUCUGAAGUUCUGCAUCAGGUCCAGAGAGUCCUAAAGGUCAUCAGACCUCUUUACAAACAACCAUGUCAACUUUGAGACAAUGUUACAUGGCCAAUCUAGUAGUCCAGCUCUUUCAGAGACGGUGUGUCCAGGGUGGGACUGGUCCUGAAAAGGGGGACUGACGAUUCAGCAGCAUGGGGACUCAAGCCCACUGUCACUGCUGACAAGGAGAGGAGCCCAGGGAGGAGGAGGGAGGGUGGGCACUGAAUGUGAAAGCCAGUGUGAUUGAUUUCAAAUAGAGGAGAAGGGGGAGGGUCCCUCCUUUGUCUGGCUCUCACCCCUUCACCCAGCCCAAUCUGUUAGCGAGGGGUCCUCAGGUCCGCAGCCCGGCCGGACAAUGAGGGCUUUGCAGGCUUAAUGGGUGUGACUGUGGACCAGAGGGAGUUUUUUGGGGGGUGGGUGGUGUUGUGGGGAUAGCUUGGGCUUGUGUGCAAAUGAAGAGGCUCUUAUUAUGGUAAUGUCUCCUCUUCUUUCCCAAACGCCCCUAUCUUUAUCCCCACAGACGCCAUCUUUUAAAUUACAAAUCUUAAUUCAGAGUCAGCCGCUGCCUCCAGGACCAGCUGCAGAAAAAUCCCCUGUGGGCCUAAAUGCCAACUGAGCCCUAGUCCACCCCCUGAAUCUGACCCCAAAUAAAACAACAGAAAACAACUAGUCACACUGUUUUAACCAAUACCCUCCCCGGGAUCUUAUCAGAGAUAAGUCAUAUCAGGAAAGUUUGUUUAAAAGCUCAGCAGACUCUGUGUGUGACGCAUUUGAUUCCAUUGAACUUGAAUGGUUUUUGGUUGUUGCUUUGAGAAAUGCUUCAAACCUGCAUCAGAUGUUAUUUGUUACCAUGUAUCUCAGUCCAGUUUUUGUAACAAAAAAUGUUGUUUUUAUCCCACACUGCCCUGAAUGCAUCAUCCCAUCAUCUCCCUGUGUGUAAACCAGUCAUGCAUUUCAUGGAUGAAGGAUCCACAUGUUUCCUCUCCUCCUCUUCUGGUACUUUAUGCUGUCAGUCACUGAGGGACAGCUGCUGUCACUGAUGAAUAUCUCAUGUUGGAAUGAAGCUCUUACAUUUACAUAUAAGCUGUGUCUGGAUUCAUCCACACCUUCACAUUCCUCCUCCCAGGUACAAACGUUAAACAGUCACCACGUUUUUAAACAUUUCCUCAAGAGAAUUAUUUUAGAAAUAUCUAAUUUAUUUGUUUAUUGUUUUGUUUUUAUAUGAAAUAAAGUAUAAUUU